GUAGGAGUUGGGCUAAUGUUGAUACAACAAUUCUCAGGAAGUGCUGCUGUAAUCUCUUAUGCAAGUACCAUUUUUAGAAAAUCUGAUGCCAAAAACCAUGAGUGGUCUCAUUCUUGUCGAUAAAUGGGGCAGACGUCCUCUCUUGUUGACGUCUGCGCUUGGGAUGAGCAUAACAUGCAUGCUUCUUGGGUUCUCCUUCACAUUACAGAAAAUGCAAUUGCUUUCGGUGUUAACUCCAGUAUUAUCGUUUAUAUGUUUUAUGCUUUAUAUUGCAACUUAUGCAAUAGGCUUGGGAGGCCUCCCGUGGGUAAUUAUGUCGGAGGCAGAUGGUCGGAGCUGUCGAACGAUAUCUUGAGAUCAUUAUUGGAACGUUUGAGUAUUGUGGAUUUCCACCGCGCAAAGAUCGUGUGUCGGAAUUGGUAUAUAUGCUCGAAACAAACUUCGCGGCGGCAAAAGAGAUCUCCAUGGCUGAUGCUGUUUCAAGAGAGCAGCGAUUGUGUGCUUUACAACCCGGACGAAGAUAGAGUUUACAAGAAGAGAAAGAGAGACUUUUCAAGGAUUCGAUUCCUGGCAAACUCAGGUAACUGGUUCCUGACGCUAGAUUCUGGAUCCAAUCUCUGUAUCGUAGAUGUGUUUAGCGACGGUAGGAUCAAUCUUCCCCCUCUACACUCAGUUAAGGGUGGCCAUUUUACUCUUAAGCGGAUAGGAGAUGGGGAAUUCAUCGAGAGAGUAGCUAGUGGUGACUUAGGUUACUCAAAUAUGAGUGUGGUUGAUCUGAGAGGUCUUUUGUGGGUAGACGAGAACAAGGAGGAGGAAUACACUGUCGCAUGGUUUUUUGAUACAGGUUCCCCAUAUAUAGCCUUUUGCAAGAAGGGGGAAGAUCAUUACCGUACCAUCCCAACACGGAUCGAUGUUCCCAGAGAGUUUCGAGGCUUAUCUGACAUGGUACUCCGGGGUGACAUUCUUUACGUCUACACAACUCGCCGAUUCAUUCGAAUCCUGGAUUUGUCUGGACAAGAAGGUUUCAAGGAUGUGUCCAACACUAACAUAUUACUACCAUUUUAUCCAGCUUCUCCUCCGAGUGAUGAUGAAACUACAUAUGAUGGAGCAAUCUCUAGUCAUAACAUUGCUGUUACAACCUCGGGAGAGGUUUUGUUGGUCGAGAGCAUCGCUUAUAAGGCAACCUCUGAAAUACCUAGGAUCUUCCGCCUCUACAAGACGGAUCCUAAUCCAUAUCCGGAUGAGCUUAUACACAAACCGAACCUGUCUGUCGAGGUAGAUUCUUUAGGCAAUGAGGCCCUCCUUCUGGAUUUAGGUAUCACUGUGCCUGCUGACCCUACCCUCGGUAUCCAACCAAACUCCAUCUACUUCACCCGUCAUCACCGUCUUCGUAACUGUAAACUGAAACCUUCAUGCCCAGACAUCUGCCCCUGCAUCUGUGUAUUCAAUCUUGACACAAAGAAGCUAACACAAUUCCCCAGCCUCUCCGACUUGAAGCCCAAGGAUGCUCGAUGGUUUCUCCCGUCUUAAUUUGAUUCUCUCUGCCUUUAUUUCCAGGUUCUCUUCUGUUUCUUCGUUUUAUCUUAUUGUUUUGUAUUCCUCUUAUUUCCCUGUUUGAUCUAUCUAGCAACAAAGAAGACACUUAAGCGAUUUCCCAUGGUUUCUCCUCUCGGGUCCUGAUUUGUUUCUUCCUUCAUUUUGGAGAUUUGCAGAUCCCUGUUUUUAUAUCUUUUUCAUUUAUAUUCGUUUCUCUUACAUGACAGCUCUAAAAUAAGUGAAAUAACAAUAAGCAAGUUUAUUUAUGCUUUGUGGUCGGUCCUAUUGAUCUUCAUGGAUUAAUACACAAAUCUUCAACAAGCAAGAAUAACAAGAAAUAAGCCAGUAGAAGAAUAUAUCAGGAUGAUUGCGAAUGUGAAUGCUGUCCAAUUCAAACACCCAAGACUCCAAAACCAGCUGCAACGCCGCCUUCAUCUGAUGAUGAGAUCUUCGUGCGCAUUAGAUAACCACUCUGCUCGUUUACUAUAACUUUGUCUUUGUUCCUACACAUUUCAUUUAAUGGCACAAAGUUAAGUAGAGAAUGAAUGAAACAUUACCAAAUUCUUCUUC